UGGUGUGGGUGCAUGUGUGUAAAAUUUUAAAUUGAACCUUUUGUUAUAUUGCAUUGUACUUGUUGGAGAAAAUUUAUUUUCCGUUUAUACAUUGCGCGAUGGACUGGAAUCUCAUCAUAAGCAUUUUAUUAAACUGCCUGCAUUUAGCGCGCACUGCCAUUGAUGAUGACUGCCCAACGCUGGCCGAUGGCGAUAGCUUGUCUCAGACUCAAUUGCUGGAUCGCCUGACCCAUGGUUGUCGAUAUGACCGUUUGGAGCGUCCAAUUACCUAUUCAGUUUCUGGCACCCGCCUGCCUGUCGAUGUCUACAUGCGCGCCUAUAUAUACUUUAUGCAGAACCUGGAAGCACACGAUCUUCAAUUCAAGAUUUACGCACUGCUCCAACUACGCUAUCUCGAUCCGCGACUGACGUUCCGGAAUGUAUCGCCUAAACGGCAGCAACCUAUAUUGGGUGAGCAACAGUUGCGCGACUCACUCUGGAUGCCUCACAUAUUUUUGGCUAAUGAGCGUGACUCCAGCAUUUUAGGCACUACUGAAAAGGAUAUACUGACCUCCAUAUCCCCGGAUGGCACAGUGAUUGUUUCCAGCCGUAUUAAGGCUACUCUUUAUUGCUGGCUAAAUCUCAAGAAGUUCCCCUUCGACGAGCAAUAUUGCGCCACACAACUGGAGAGCUGGAUGUAUAAUACAUCCGAAAUGGUUCUGCAUUGGGAGCAGAAACGUCCCAUUACCUAUGAUCCGGCACUGCACUUGACCGAGUUUCUAGUACAGCAUUCCUGGUCUAAUGAGACGACAAUUAAUGCCGAUCUUAGCGAUUUGCGACAUGGCGCCUUUGCUGGCAAUUACAGUUCGCUCAGCUUUACGGUUCAUUUGACACGCGUAGUUGGCUUCUAUUUAAUGGAUUACUUUCUGCCCUCCAUGCUAAUUGUGGCCAUAUCGUGGGUGUCGUUUUGGUUGCAGGCCGAUCAGGCACCGCCACGCAUUACACUUGGCACUAGCACUAUGUUAACCUUCAUAACACUCGCAUCGGCUCAGGGCAAAACGCUGCCGAAAGUCAGCUACAUUAAGGUGUCCGAAGUCUGGUUUCUGGGCUGUACCAUCUUCAUCUUUGGCAGCUUGGUGGAGUUUGCGUUUGUGAACAGUAUUUGGCGGCGCAAACACAACGUGCCCGUUAAAAAGUUGAACAGCAAACACAUUCUAAAGUCGACUUUAUCACCGAAAUUGUCGCGUCGUCGCAGCCACGCCCGUUCGCGUUCCUUUUCCGGCACAGGCCGUCAAGCAGACACAAGCUCCUUGAGUAGUAAUGCACCAUUCAACAAUUACCUCACAGUGAAUCUGCCCAUUACGACCAUAACGGAGGGCCAAGUUUUGGGCCAUUCUGUACGCAAGUCAAGUUUACAAGCACUAAGCGCAUCCAAUCGCAAAAUGGACGUGACUUUUGUGGAGAGUGCCUUCAAUGAAGCAGCUGUGCCAGCCAUUGAGCUAAGCACGGCAUCCGGCUCAAUCGGUCCUGUACCCAAUAAUAACAACAAUAAGUGUGAGGAGUUCAGCCAUGAAGAUGAAAUUGAUCAGAUCGGCUGGACUACUCUUACUCCGCAGGAGAUUGCUAUGUGGAUCGAUUGCAGAGCGCGCAUUGUAUUCCCACUGUCCUUUUUGGUUUUUAAUAUAUUUUUCUGGACUUUUGUAUAUUGUAUUUAGUCUGGUCGCCACUUUAUCUGCACUUUUAAGAAUGUUGUGAAUUUAAAAUUUUAUUUAGUGUCUAUUUGUGUAAUUUAAAUGAUUGUAAACAAUUUUUAUUGUAAAAAUUAAGCUGCACUUUUAAAAAUGGAGU